AUGCGCGACGGCUUUCGCGACGUCACCGUCGAGCGCGCCGCCUUUCUCGCGUGCGCGCUCGGCUUGACGCUCUGGGGCUACCCGCUCGGCGUCACCGCCGUGGCCGUGCUCUCGCCCGAACAGCUCCAGCGCUCCGUCAAGGGCGUCGGCGCGUUCGACGUCGAGACCGCCGGCGCGCUCGUGGCGUCGCACGGCGCGGGGGCGCUGCUGGGAGCGAUGGCGUUGGUGACGCCGCGACCGGGCGGAGGCGCGUCGUGGGCGGACGCGAGCGGACGGAGGAAGAUGUUGCGCGCGUCGGCGGUGAUUUACGGCAUCGCGAGCCUAGGGAUGAGCGUGACGCCGAUCGGAGGGGUGGGUGUGAGGAGCGUGGGGGGAGAACGGUUGGCUAUCGGGUGGUUUAUGUUUUUUAGAACGAUGUACGGGUUCGCGUGCGGGACGUGCUUCCCGACGACGUACGCGUACGUGGGAGAGACGACGUCGACGAAGAGUCGGGGGAGGAUGUUGGUCGCGUUGGGGGUGGUUGAGAUGAUCGGGGAAUUGUUCGGUGAUUUCACUGGGUUGGCGCUCGAACGCAUGCGCGGGGCGUGGAGGAUUUUGUUAGCGCUCCCGAUGCCCGUCGCGUUCGCGUAUUACAAUCUCGUGAACACGAUUCCGGAGAGUCCGAGGUGGUUGGUCUUGAGGGCGACGAACGAGGCUUCGGGACGAGUCGGAUCGAAGACGGACGCGGAGACGGGCGGGGUGACGCGACGGGAUGAGAGCGCGUGGACGUACGAGGAUUUAGAUUUGACCGAGGCGAGACGCGCGGAGAGCAUAUUUCGCAACGAUCGUUCCACGUCCGUCUCCGACGUGUUUUUCCGGCGAAGGAAAAAGAUAGAUGGCGGUGGUGCCAUCUCCGAGGUCUUCAGGGUCCCAGGGGAGGGCGAGCAGAGCCAGGCGUGUCGCGACGAAAUCGAGCGCGAAUUGCGCUCCAUCGCCGACGUCAUCAUCAAGGCUCGAAAAGAGACUAAGAAGCACUCGUGCGCGGCGAUCGCGAACGCGCCGUCGACGAGACGCGCGAUGACGAUCGCUUUCGGCUUGACGGCGUUCAACGCCCUCAGCGGCGCCCCGGCGUUGAGCUUUUUCGCCAAACACGUGUUCGAGAUGACGGGUCACUCACCGACGAUCGCGACCUCGAUGACGCUCGGAUACGCCUUCGCCAAGCUCGCAGCGACGGUCGCGGUGUGUUUGACUUUGGAAUACGUCGGACGUCGUCGCAUGCUCACCGUCGGCGUCGGCAUCCAAGCCCUGGCUUGCGUCAUCUUGGCGUUUGUCUUUGACGGCGUCGCCUGGAUCGAGGACCCACGACACGCCGUGAGCUUCCAAAUCCUCUCCGGGUUCCUCGCCACGACCGCAGACUUUUGUGUUUACGCCUGCGGCAUCGGUCAUGCCCUCGGAUUUUGGGCCUUGGCCGUGCCGCUGAGUAACGAGGUGUGCCCGCUUCGCGCGCGGGCGAUGAUUUUAGCCAUCAACUCGGCGUUCAAUUGGGCCCUCCAAACGCUCGCCAUGAGAUUCUUCCCGGUCAUGAUGAAGCACCCCGGGCUGAGUUACACGUUUGGCUCCUUCGCCUUCUGUCUCAUCACCUCUCUGGCGUUCAUCCGAGCGUUCGUUCCGGAGACCAAAGGCCGAACGCUCGAGCGCAUCGAGACGGCGAUGACGGAGGAACACACCCUGAGCGCCGUCGUUCGACGCCUCGCGCGGGAGCGCGACGGAGAGGAUAAAAUGAUCGAAACCGCGAGUUUACUCGGCGACGACCGCGAUUUGACCUACGUCGACCGACGGAUGACUCGGUGA